CCUGCUCCAGUCGGCAGCAACCCGGAAGCGGGCGGUGCUGGAGUCGGAGCCGUUUCCUGCCCGGGAGACAAGCGGCCAGGGUAGGAUCUGUUGCAGCGGACCUGAUCCGGAGCCAUGACUCACCAGACCGGCAUCCACGCCACAACAGAAUUAAAGGAUUUUUUUGCCAAGGCCCGGAACGGUUCGGUCCGCCUCAUCAAAAUCGUCAUCGAGGAUGAGCAGUUGGUGCUUGGAGCCUACAAAGAACUGUCUCGACGUUGGGAUAAGGACUAUGACUCAUUUGUGCUGCCGCUGCUGGAUGAGCUGCAGCCAUGCUACAUCCUCUACCGCCUGGACACCCAGAAUGCACAGGGCUACGAGUGGCUCUUCAUCUCCUGGUCUCCUGACAACUCUCCUGUUAGACUGAAGAUGCUCUAUGCAGCAACCAGAGCAACAGUGAAGAAAGAGUUUGGAGGAGGGCAUGUGAAGGACGAGCUCUUUGGAACAGUUAAGGAAGACAUCUCGCUCAGCGGUUACCAGAAGCACGUGUCGUCCUACUCUGCUCCGGCUCCUCUGACUGCAGCUGAACAAGAGCUCCAGCAGAUCCGCAUCAACGAGGGUAAAACAGCCCAGGAUCUUCAUUCCCUGGCCUCCAGCAGUGAGAUGAUGGCAGUGGGCUGUUGCUGCUGCCCAUCAGUGGUUGAAUACCCUCACCCUGAGGAGGUCAAGACUGAAAUCAGCGUCGAAAGCAAACACCAGACCCUCCAGGGACUGGCUUUUCCUUUGCAGCCAGAAGCUCAGCAGGCCAUCCAGUUACUAAAACAGAAGAAGAUCAAUUACAUCCAGCUGAAGCUGGACCUGGAACGGGAGACCAUAGAUUUGGUCCACACCAAUGCCACUGAGAUAGCAGACCUGCCUAAAAGAAUUCCUCAGGAUUCGGCCCGUUACCACUUCUUCCUGUAUAAGCACUCUCACGAGGGAGAUUAUCUGGAGUCAGUUGUAUUUAUCUACUCCAUGCCUGGUUACAAAUGUAGCAUCAAGGAGCGCAUGUUGUACUCCAGCUGCAAGAGCCGACUGCUUGACUCCGUGGAACAAGAUUUCUGCCUAGAGAUUGCAAAGAAGAUUGAAAUUGAUGAUGGAGCUGAGCUGACAGCAGAGUUCCUGUAUGAUGAGGUCCACCCCAAGCAGCAUGCCUUCAAGCAGGCCUUUGCCAAACCCAAGGGGCCUGUGGGAAAGAGGGGACAGAAGCGACUUAUCAAAGGACCAGGCGAGAAUGGUGAAGACAGUUAAACCCUCAUGGACAGGAGGACAGGUCAGGAAAGGGGCUGCGGGUGCCUACCAGCCUCCGGAAUCACAGCUCCAACCAAAUCCACCUCUCUGCUUCUGAGCCUGUCCACCAAACUCCAGAGCUGUUUCCUCCAUCUCUUCUUUCAAAGUUGUCUCCACCUGGUUUCAUUAGGGGGAGGGAGGGUAGGAACCUGGGGGCAGGGAGGAAGAGAGAGAACCUCCAAGCCAUUUCUCUUCCUUUUUGCUCUGUCGUUGUGUAAAUCCUGGGAGGGGGGAUAACUGUUCUAGAUUGAAAUGACUCUUAAAACUGAUGCUCCUGUUUACUGCUUCAUAUUGUGACCUGGUUUACUUGGAAACGGCACCACUCAAAGGAUUUUCUUCACCACUUAUCUGGGGUGGGGUAUUCACACGCAAAGAGCAGAACUCUACCCACCCCCUCCCCC